AUGGGUCGGCUCAAAUUCGCAUGUCCUGUUCUCGAAAUCAACUUAAUCUCAGCACAGGACCUAGCUCCCAUUUCCCGAAACAUGAAGACUUACUCCGUCGCGUGGAUCAACACCGACCCCAUGCGAAAACUCACCACGCGCGUCGAUCAAUCCAAUCGCGCCAAUCCCAUCUGGAACGAGAAAUUCGUGUUUCGCGUCAACGACAAGAUCCUCGACCUCGACGCGUCCGCGAUUGUGAUUGAGAUUUACGCGGCGGCUUGGGCUAAAGACGCGCUUGUUGGUACCGUCAAUGUUCUCCUCAGCGAUCUCUUUGCUCCUUGGUCUGGCUUCGGCGACGGCGACGAUGGUGGCGGCGGGAAUAACAAUAUGAGGCUCGUGACGCUUCAGAUUCGCCGUCCUUCCGGGAGGUUGCAAGGCUUUUUACGGUUAGGCGUCGCGCUUCUCGACGGCGGUCAACGGAGUAUGCCGUUGUCGGUCGAGGUUUUCGAUGGAAGCCGGAGAGGAGAGACGAAUAACAGCAAGGAUGCGAAGAUGAUGCAUCGUCGGACGAACAGCGAUCAGACGGAUUUAACAACGUCGACGAAUGAUUACGGGGUGAAAACAGAGGCUGUUCCCGGCGGUGGAGGAGGGAGAUUCUCCGGCGGUGGUGGAGGAGGAGGAGGUGGAGUCGUUGUUGGUGCGGAUAGUAUGGUGAAUGGUUCGCUUUGUAGCUCUGAUAUCGGACCGUCGGCUUCGGUGGUCGCGGCGGCGAUUGCGCAGGGGCUUUACAAUAGGCAGAAAACGGCGGUGAAUGCGAUUGCGGAGAAGGAGGACCCGAGUUCGAUCCUCGAAGGGAAGACGGAGGGGAUUGAGCAUAGAGUGAAGCGGUGGAGAGCGGAGAAAGAAGACGGCGCGGUGGAAGCGAGCGAUGAGUCUAAUGGGAAAGGAGGAGCGGGACGGAAACGGAGGAGGAGAAAGGAGAAACAACGGCGGAGAAACGGCGGCGGUGGAGGAGAAGGUGGUAAAAAGGGGCUGUUUUCGUGUUUUGGGAAUGUGUUUGGAUGUGAGAUUUCGAUAACUUGCGGCGGUGGAAGCGGCGGUGAAGGAGACAGCACGAAGAAGAGAUAUAAUAACAAUAAAGUAGUCAAUCUUAGUGCUGUAGACGAAACGUUUAGUCAUUCUGCGACUUGA